AUGGAGAAAAGCGCAGGACACAAAGCACAGAAAAGGACAGAGAGUCACGACAUCGCCAAGGUACCCGAUGAGGAGCUGCUUCUGUGGGGCAAAGACGAGCUGGUCCGACAGUUGCGGAAGACCGAGGCGGAGAAGAGGGGCGUCAUCGUGGAGCACAGUAACCUGAUGCGAGAAGUGAACAGAAGGCUCCAGCAACACCUUAAUGAGAUCCGGAGUUUAAAGGAUGUGAACCAGAAAUUACAAGAAGAUAACCAAGAGCUUCGGGACUUGUGCUGCUUCCUGGAUGACGAUCGUCAGAAAGGGAAAAGGAUGACGCGAGAGUGGCAGCGCCUGGGCCGCUACAGCAGUGGUUUGAUGAGAAAGGAGGUGGCUAUCUACCUACAGAAGCUAAAAGAGCUGGAGCAGCGGCAGAGUGAUGUCGUACGAGAUAAUUUGGAGCUGAAGGAGGUGUGCCUCAUGCUGGAGGAGGAGAGGGCAUCUGCUCUUGCAUUAGGGAGAAGUGGCAGUGGGCAAGAGGUGCCUGGCUGCAGGACUUCCAUUGACAGUCAGAACAGCUUGUCUCAGCUGGGGGGAGGUUUACCUGCCCCUGGCCUUCUGCGUGAUGUUGGUGAUGGGAGCAGCACCUCCAGUGCAGGAAGCACAGACAGCCCUGAUACUGCUCAGCACAAAACCUCUCCUUUGGGUUCAUCCGCUAGCCCUGGAUCAAGAUAUGCCACCCUAGAACCUCCCAGUCGACUAGGAGAUGAGUGUGAUUCCACAGGCAGGAGACAUAGCUCCUCCCCAGAAUACCACACCUUCCCUCAGUCAUGCCGCCCACGAGGGGGGUCGCUUACUGAGCUGGAACCGCAAGGAUUUGGAAGACACAGCCCUGAAAAACAGAACAGGCAUCCCAACAAGCAACCCUGCGACUCCUACCGUAAAGCCUGCAGCUCUGACCUACUUGCCCAGAAGCAGUUAUUAAUUUUAGGACAAGUAUCACCAGGUUGUGGGAAGGGCAUAGCCAAGUCCAGCCCGGAGUUGAGUCAAAGACACUGUCCAGAAAAGUCCAUGGGGGCAAGCUGUGGGAGCCUUGAGUCAAAGAAAGUUCUAGGAACACCUGAGCAUCUUCGAAAAGCACGAGUGAUUGUUGGGAGUCCAGAGUCUAUACGACACCAUCAUCACUAUCAGAUCAGUCCUGGGCUGGAAUAUAGCAAGGGAGGGAAGAGUGGAGGGUCCCCAAACCGGGAUGGGGUUCACAGGAGGGCUGCUGGAGAGGAGAUGUCACACCACCACCAGAGUCUGUACAACGGUAGGCACAGGCCUCCUUCCAGUGGGAAAUGCCCAGAACACCUCUCCCGGGAGAUGUCCAGGAAGCAUCUGAACCAGAUGCCCGAACCACCUCAGCUGGUUCCUCUCGGCUCAGAGGAGUUGCGGCUCAACCAACAGGAGAACCGCACCAAGACAGAUGAGAGCACAUUGUUCUUGUCCCUGUACAACUAUUGA